AAUGACUACGCCGACUGACCCACCCGCGAUUGGGAAACAAAAGUUACCUGAGGAGCGAGUAGGAGGAAGAUUUGUGCUAACUUUGCAGGGGGUGGAGUAAAGAAGACGCAGAUCGAGUGGUCCUUCGGGGGGGAGGCAACGGAAGCGCUGCACGUUUCCCCCUCACUGCUUCCUCGAGUCCGUCGUCCGCACGGUUUGGAAUGCAUUUGGAACUGCAUCUGGGAGGAGAAGUUAAAAGAUGGGGCAACUCUGAAGCUCGGAUUAACAGUAUGCCGAUCCUGAUUCACCACUUCCAGAUGCAGAAAAUGGCAUAGCAACGGAUCCAGCCUUCCACCACCCUGGAGCCCCUCCGUGCGCUGCAGUUGGGCUGAUGUGAAGCUUUUGUUCUGGACUCGAGGAGCUUGCCCACUGCUUGUCCCGAAAGCCAUUCUCUCCUAAUUCAUGAGCCAGCAGGAUGUGGUCGCCGUGCUUUCAGAACGCCUUCUCAUAGCUGCAUACAAAGGGCAAGUGGAUAAUGUUGUACAGCUUAUCAACAAGGGUGCCAAGGUAGCCGUUACCAAGCAUGGGCGGACACCUCUCCAUCUUGCGGCUUACAAGGGACAUCUCCCUGUUGUCCAGAUUUUGCUCAAAGCUAACUGUGAUGUGGAUCUUCAGGACGAUCCUGUGGAGACCAGCUCUCUAGAAUAUGAAACCCCGAGAAGUAACUCUUUCCUUCUCCCUGCUAAUCCUGCAAGCCCUUAUUGGAAUCCUGAUGCCAUCUCUGAUUGGUCAAUGAGUGCUCACACAGCACAUACCUCAGAAAUAGUCCAGGGGACAGUGGCCUUGGUAAAAGAAGUCAAGGAAGAAAAAAAUAAGAAAAAACAAAGGAGAAAGGCUAGAAAAGAUCCUAGAAGAUUGCAAAGAGAGAAGGAGGGUGAUCAGACAGCUUUGCAUCGAGCUGCAGUGGUAGGGAACACAGAUAUAAUAUCAGCGCUUAUCCGUGAAGGGUGUGCUUUGGACAGGCAAGACAAGGAUGGGAACACCGCUCUCCAUGAAGCCUCUUGGCAUGGAUUCAGUCAGUCAGCCAAACUGCUUGUUAAAGCAGGAGCAAAUGUUCUGGCCAGAAACAAGGCAGGAAACACAUCGCUGCACUUGGCUUGUCAAAAUAGUCAUUCUGAAAGUGUUCGGGUCCUGCUGCUUGGAGGUUCUCGGGCUGAUAUCAAAAACAAUGCAGGAGAUACCUGUCUGCAUGUCGCAGCUCGUUAUAAUCAUUUGCCCAUCAUUAGGCUGCUCCUCAGUGCUUUCUGUUCUGUCCAUGAAAAAAACCAGGCUGGUGAUACAGCACUUCAUGUAGCUGCUGCACUAAAUCAUAAGAAGGUUAUCAAACUGUUGUUGGAAGCAGGAGCUGAUGCAACAGUAGUUAACAAUGCUGGUCAGACACCCCUUGAAGUUGCCCGAGAGCACAACAAUCCUGAAGUUGCCCUUCUGCUUACUAAAGCCCCCCAGAUUUCACGCUUUAAUCGUGGAAGGAGUCUAAGGAAGAAGAGGGAAAGGCUCAAAGAGGAAAGGCGUGCUCAGUCUGUACCAAGAGAUGAAGUGGUACAAAGCAAGGGCAGCGCCUCAGCUGCUGAUGACACGCACAGCAGUGACCAGGCUCCUCAAGGGAGAGGUGACUUGAAAGAGGACCCACAACUGCCCUUGUCUGAGCUCAGAGGAAGGAAGAGUAAGAAGAAGAAGCCAAGAGAAAAGGUUUCAGCUCUCUCUGAGCCAACAUCACCAGCUGACCAGCAGAUGCCUCCUGGCCCAUCACAGAACUUGCCAAAACGUAAAAGCCGGCACCGUUGCACAUCUCCGCCCCCUCCCCAUGAAUUCCGAGCCUAUCAGCUGUAUACCCUUUACCGUGGGAAAGAUGGGAAAAUCAUGCAGGCACCAAUAAAUGGAUGUCGUUGUGAGCCACUGAUAAAUAAAGUAGAGAACCAGCUUGCGGCUGCCGUGGAAGAAAUUAAAGCUGAAUUUGUAACAGUGCAGGAUAAAAUGAACAGCAAGCUAGGACAGAUGGAAAAUAAAACUCAGCAUCAGCUCCGUGUUUUGGACAAAUUAAUGUCAGAGCGGCUUUCAGCAGAAAGAACAGAGUGCCUUCAUCGUCUUCAGGAACAUACAGAGGUAGAAAGAAAUGAAGGAGAGAAACGUCAGAUGUCUUUAGCUGGAGAAUUGAAGGCUUGGUGCAUGUUAAAAAUACAGAAUCUGGAGCUGAAGCUUUCUGGAGAUUCUAGAUCAUCACGACCAAAGUCAAUUCUAUCCACAUGUGAAUCUCUCACUGAGACUUUGGAUACAGAGAACCUUCCUAGUACAAAGGACUGUAAAACUAGCCAAACUCCACUGCAGUCAGAGAGUUCACAGCAGCACUCUUGUCUUGCUCUUCUGAACAGCGUCUCUGAAGACAUUGGCAGAAGUAGACUAGCAACCACAGAACAGAGUUUUGGAAAGCAAUAUUUUGCUGUUCAGCAAGCCAGCACAUCAGGAACGGAGAAACAGAUAGUUGGUGUUGAUCCAGUUCCUCCUGGAGCAUCCCCUCAAGUUGUUCGACCUAAAGACAAAACAAGUCUCAACAGACUGCAACAAGAACUGCCAUCAGCUGAAUACUCAGGUUCCAGAUUAAGGCAUGUUAAAGUUCAAACUGUUCUACAGGCUUCUGCUGAAUUGGCAAAGACUGAGUUGCAACAAGCUGGCUCCUUGAUAGACAAAGGGACUCAAACGAAGAAAGCAAGCAGAAAUGGCCAAUUGAAGCACAGACUCCACCAACAUGGAGGAAUGCCCCCUACACAGCCACAGCCGCCUCCUGUCUCUGGAGGCAAUGAGCCCAACCCUCAGCUGGUGGGUACGUCUCAAGCGCUGGAAAUCACACAAUACUUUUUCGAGGCUGUGUCAAGUCAGAUGGAGAAGUGGUAUGAAAGGAAGAUUGAAGAAGCUCGGAGGCAAGCUGACCAGAAGGCCCAAGAAGAUAAAGCUGCCCUCAAAGAACAUAUCAGAAGCUUAGAAGAGGAACUGUAUAAGCUACGGACUAAAGUGCAGAAAGAGAACUAACAAUUGUUCAUGCUCAUGGAAUGAUAUUUAAGAAACUGCUCUUUUUACAAACAGCAAUUAUGCAAAUUUUGGGGUGGAGAGAGGAAUCUGUAAGAUGCUCUACACUUACUGGAUUUGUGGCCUUUUUGAGUCAUAAGGACUGUAUCUGUACAGCAGUUGGAAGGAAUCCAGAUUUCUUUCCUCAAAUUUGACUUCUUUUUGAGGGGAAUUGCCUCCCCCCCUUUCUGGAAAAAAGAAUUUAUUUUAUUUCCAUAUUGUGUGUCAGUUGUGAUAGCAAUUUUGUGUAGGAUAUCAUUGGGUAUACAAUGAUAUAUAAUUUUA